CGUCACCGACAACAUCAACUUUAUCCCUCGUCCGAAACCCAUUCGAAACAGUCUCCCAAGCUCACGAAUACCUGAAACCACCUCUUCGUUCACUGGCCUACCUGGAAGAGAGCUCUUCGGUGCCGCGAUGGGCUUCACAACCGGCCUGCUCGGCGGCUUCACCCUCACAACCACACUCCUAUACCUCUCAUUAUCCCUCCACGCGCGGAAUCGAGUCCACCAAGCCGCACUCCUCCACCAACAAAGUCUCAUCCUAACGAACCUCGUCGACCCACAACCCGCACUCCCUCCACCAGCCAGCAGAGAAGUACGCGUGGGAAUUUGGGAGACGGCGAAAGACAAAUGGAAUGCGCGGUUAGAAAGCGAGGUGCGCAGGUUGCAGCACAUGGACUGGAACGAGGUGCGGGAGAGGAUGGAGGAGGGCGUGAGCUCGGUGUAUCGGCGGGCCUUUGAGAAGGGGAGGGAGGUUAUCCCGGAUCCACCUAAAUGAUGAAACUCGUGGGAUGCUACUGGAGCAUGCAUUCGACGACGAAGGUUCCCUUCUUAUCCUAGAGUUCACAUGAAGACACACCCGCUGUACGGCUUGGCCUGCAUCUGUCCCGACGAAUUCGCUCGCUUGCCACUCCGAAUCUGGUAACACACGACAUGGCAACGAACCUCACAUUCACGAACCAGUCAGGUGAAUUUCAUAUCUCAUUUGUCUUCAAGGUGAGGAUAUUCGCUCCUCUGCGCGUCAAAGAUGUUCUCCUCUCCUCUCCUUUCUUCUUCCCAGUACUUUCAAUCCAAACUCACUUCACAACAUAUCUCAAACUACAUUCACAAA